AUGAAGACAAGCGAGUACCUGAAGACAUGCUACGAAGAGGAGCCUCAGAAGAGUAUCCCGUUGUGGAUCGAUGCCAUUUGCAUCGACCAGGCCAACAUUCCUGAACGCAAUCACCAAGUCUCCCUCAUGCGCGAUGUCUAUACUGGAGCGGGAUCCGUCAUCGUCUGGCUAGGGCUUGCGCAGAAGAAUGAAGAAUUGGCUUUUCUGCUCGCGCGAUACCCGGAUCUACGGCGUGUCGAAGAGUUUUAUACUGCAUUGGCCGACGUGUUGAACAAGCCGUAUUGGGGUCGGGUGUGGGUUGUGCAGGAGUUCGUACUCGCGCAAUCUGUUGAUAUCUGGUGUGGAGAAUUUGCAGUAGAUGCCGCAAUAGUCGAAGGUAUUUGGAGAAAUGGCCUCACUUCUACGCCUAUUGCGUCUCCAACGAGUAUGAUAUAUAUGAGUCGCGGAUAUCUGCUCUUCAAGUACCGUCGAGACUUCAAGCACACCAAACACUACCGGAGAGAGAUUCUAGGGCGUCGGAAUAGCAAGACGGUGAAAGCAACAUUUCGGUUGCGAGAUCUCCUACAGGCAUUUGCGUCGUCGCAGAGCUCGGAGUCGUUCGACAAGGUAUAUGGUUUCCUGGGUGUUGCGUCUCAAGGUCGCGGCGAACGUAUCCAGCCCGAUUACAACAAGGCGCCCGAGGAGUUGCUCGUCGAUGUACUACGGAACCAGUUUCACGGUGCCGACUCCAAGAGGAGCGACAAGGACGACUACCAAUUUCUGGCUUUUCUCAUGCAAGCUCUCCACGUAUCCCGCGAGAAGCUAGCACAGCACGUACUAUCACUUGCCCCCGAAGCACAAACGCACAUCUACGUCCUCGUUGCCACACCCUGCGUCGUACCCUGCAUAUCCUUCAUCAGCACCAUCACCCAAGUAGGCGAACUACUAGACUACGACGAAGCCUUCCACCCCAGCACCUGGAAAAGCACGUGGUCGCGCUCAAAAAUGCACCCUCCAGGUAUCUCUUCCCAAGACAUCUCCGAGCUAGGCGCACACAUCCUCUCCGAGCAAAAAGAUGUAGUCUUGAGUUUCUCCGACCCCCACGUCCCCUCCGGCAACCCCGGUCCCACCGAAAAGAUUCGCCGCCAAAUGAUCGGAGAAUCCGCCGAUCUAAUAAUCGCCAGUCUUGUGCAAGCGCCUGUCGAAAAGAACCACGCUGCUAAUGCCACUAUGUCGAACGGCAGUGUAGUCGUUCGUGACAUCUUUACCAGAAGUAUGACGCUAGACGCUGCAGGCAUGUAUCUAGACACGAGAAGUAGGCUGGCUCGCAGAAACACCGAUCAACGACAUGCGCGCUACACAUCGUUUAGGACGUGGAGUUGUGCUUUCACUGCCAUUUGA